GCUGUCUUUGCUCCGAAGUAGACCGAUCGAGCGCAAAAGCGAGCGGAGGCGCUCGCUGUAACAACGGGACAGGUGGCUCCUCUGCCUUUGCAGCAGCUUCACCCUCCUAAUAAAGGAAAAGGCGUUAAGCAAAGCGGCACCUCGAACUGUAUUAGCGCAAUCGGGUUACAGCCGCCCUGUCAACGGGACUCUCGCAGGGCUCUCCUGAGUCCCUUCGCAAUUCCUUCGCCGCAUCCUGCCAGACUCCGUCGUGUUUUUCACCUUUUCUUUGGCCGCCCAACGAGAAGGAAGAGCUGCCGGCUUAGAGACGGGAGCUCAGCAGCAGGCGCCUCCGCCUCCCUCCGCAGGCAACCUCCGCCCUACUUCGCCUAGGCGGGGGAUGCUACUCGUGUUCCUGACUGCCCUUGACACCAAUCCUUCGCAGCGGGAGCAACAGCAGCCGCAACAACAAAAGCAGGCGAGGACAGGUCGGGUGACCGCGAGCUGCUUCCCGCUCCUCCUCCUCGACCUCCGGUUGAAGGCAGCCUCAGACCGGCUGCACAAAAGGCCGCUCAGCCGCCGCCUUCUCCCCCUCACGUUGCGGAUCACGUCACGGGAAAUAAAUAAAUAAUCCCAUUCACCCAGUGACAGGGAGCAGGAACCGGCGCGGCAGCGGCAAGCUUAGAGCCAACUCAGCCCAAGCUAGAGAGAGAGAGAGAGACGAAGCCAGCCACAUCAUUUGUCCUCUCUCAAGCACCUAAAUAACAACUCAUUCCAGCUGGUGACGUAGGCCGAAAUACGCUUCGUGUUUCAUGAACAGGCUUAUCAGCAUGUCAGGUUAUGUGGAACUUUUCAGAUAUGCAGCCUGACACAGUAAUGCUCAAUGUCAUCUAGUGCCUGCCAGUAUAUAUUUCUACAUAUUAAGCAUAGUUACAAGAAAAAAAAGAAAUGCCACCUUCAACAACAGCACCGCAAUAUGCUCCCCCUGAUGGAGGAUGGGGUUGGGUCGUCGUCUUUGGAGCUUUCAUCUCCAUUGGAUUUUCCUAUGCAUUCCCUAAAGCCAUCACAGUGUUCUUCAAAGAGAUACAAGAGAUCUUUGGCACAUCAUAUAGCGAGAUAGCGUGGAUAUCAUCAAUCAUGUUGGCUGUUAUGUAUGCAGGAGGCCCUGUGAGCAGUAUUUUGGUGAACAAAUAUGGCAGUAGGCCAAUCAUGAUUGCUGGGGGGAUACUGGCUUCAUUUGGAAUGAUUGCCUCUUCGUUCUGCAACAGCGUCUUGCAACUUUACAUAUGUGUUGGUGUAAUUGGAGGUUUGGGUUUGGCUUUCAACUUGCAACCUGCCUUGACGAUGAUUGGCAAAUAUUUUUAUAAAAAGCGUCCUAUUGCUAAUGGACUGUCCAUGGCGGGAAGUCCUGUCUUUCUAAGUACUCUGGCACCCCUGAAUCAGUUUCUUUUUAAUGCUUUUGGUUGGAAAGGAAGUUUCCUCAUUCUGGGAGGACUUCUUUUAAAUUGAUGUGUGGCUGGGUCACUUAUGAGGCCUGUUGGACCAAAACCUGUGCAGGCUAUCAAAAAAGAUGUGGAAAAAGCAACUGAAGAUUCCACUUUGCACAAGAAUGACAAGAAAUCGGUCUGGCAAACCAUCAACAAAUACUUAGAUUUAACCCUCUUCAAACACAGGGGCUUUUUGAUUUAUUUGUCUGGAAAUGUUAUCAUGUUUCUUGGCUUCUUUGCCCCAAUUGUGUUCUUAGCUCCUUAUGCUAAGCACAAAGGAAUUGAUGAAUAUUCAGCAGCUUUUUUACUCUCUAUCCUAGCUUUUGUAGAUAUGUUUGCCAGGCCAUCAAUGGGCUUAAUUGCAAACUCCAAAUACAUCCGGCCCAAAAUCCAGUAUUUCUUUAGUUUUGCUGUUUUGUACAAUGGGGUCUGCCACAUCCUUUGCCCAUUGGCUGAAACCUAUACAGGCCUGGUUGUGUAUGCUGUACUUUUUGGACUUGCAUUCGGAAUGGUUAGCAGUGUCCUUUUUGAGACAUUGAUGGAUCUUGUUGGGGCGCCAAGAUUCUCCAGUGCAGUAGGACUCGUCACAAUUGUGGAGUGCUGCCCUGUCCUUUUAGGCCCACCUAUGGGAGGUUUGCUUGUGGACAUAACCAAAGACUACAAAUAUAUGUAUUUUGUCUGUGGUAUAAUUGUUGUUGUUUCAAGCAUUUGGCUGUUCAUUGGAAAUGCAAUCAAUUAUAGACUUUUGGCAAAAGAGAAGAAAUUAGAAGAUGAAAGACAGAAUGCCUUAAAGAAUGCUGAUUCCAAGGAAGUGGAGCCUUUGACCCACAAAGAGAGUGAAGAAGUUCUCAGCAGAUCCAGCAAAAUGCAAGACAGUCCUUCAGAAAAAGAAACAAAUAUUUAACAUAAAUAUACAUAUUUAUAAUGUUCACAGUACAUGCCAGAUGUUUUGUAGUUAUUAUAAUCAAUUACAAUACCAAAUGGCAAUAGGCAUUUACAAAACCACAUGUAUUAUAAAACACAGUAAAUUAAAUCACUGUUCUGUUCCUUCUAAAAAGAGAGAAGGGUACAGAAAGAGUCUUCCCAGAACUGCAUUAAAAUGUUUUUCUCUUCCAUCACACUGCCCUGGUAACAACUGACUUCUGUUAAAAUGUCUAGCUAUUCAUAGCUAGACUAAACUUUUUGGAUCUUGCCUUCAAGCAACCUGUACCUGUCCAGGAGUGCACAAUAAUUGCAACAAGGAAAUAAUCUAUUUCCUUGUAUGUAUCUGGUAUAAGAAAGGAGGAUUAUGCUGGAGUCUUUCAAAAUUCCAUUGUUUAUUCUGCUCUACAUUAGUUGGAGCAGGAUUUGGCAUGGUAUUUUAUUUUGGUGUCAUGUAUGCUAGGGCUCCUGCAGAAUUUGAUGAGUUGCUUAAAUAUAAAUCCCAAACAGGGUAGUGCCGUGACAGUAGGGUCUUCCUUUAACAAAUAUUCUUGCUCCAACAAUGCCUCACCAAAAAAGUGCUACUAUAGUAAAGGAAAAAAAAUGACUGUAUUGACCCAUGUCUACUGAUCGUUUCACAAGAUUAUUUUGUGUGGGAGGGGUUGUUUGAUUUGUUGCUUUUUUAUUGUCCACUAGAAGGAAACAGUUUAAAGUGAUAAGUUAAAAUAUGAAAGUAAAAAUGGAAUAACUCUUAAUAGCUACUUGAGUAAAAAGUGCACAAAAAUGUAUCACCACUGUUUUUAUAAUGCAUUUUUGGUAGAUCCAACUGGGUCUGUUAUCUCUGAUCAAACUUUUACUAUGUGGCUUUUAAAGACGUAUGAAAUUGUAAGUUUUAUUGCUAAAUGCAAUAAUGUUUUCAUUUUAGCGGAUAAAUAGGUUGUUCUCUCCGCUGUAAAAUCAUUAGACAUUUAAAUAUAUACAACCAGAUAUUAAAUAAUAUCUGAAAUAAUACUUAGGAUACAUUGUCUCCUCAUUGUAUAUUGUAGCUAGAUAUGCUCGCACAAAUGUUAGCAUCAGGGUAUAACUUUUGAACAACGUAUUGCCUUGUGAUCAUCACUUCACUCUGUUUGUAUUCACACUUCUUGAAACAAGCUCCCUUACCUUAUUAAAUACUCUGCCCUUGGUGAUCACUA